UUUAUUUCAAGAUCUAUUACUUUUAGAUCUUUCAAUUGUAAAUCUUUUCUUCUUAUAUAAGACAAAAAAAAAAAAUGACAGAUACCAAGGAAAAGAAUACAGAAACAAAUAAAUUAAAAACUAAAAAGAUCAAUACAAAGUUGAUUAACAAAAAUGAAUCUAAUAUAAAGAAAUCAACAACACUAUCUAACAACAAGAAAGCUAGUGAGGAAGAUAAGGCAAAACAGCUUACGCCAGGACAAAAGUUAUUAAAGACGAUGACUGCACAAAAGGCAGCCAAGUUGGCCCUUAUGAAGGGUGUGAAAAAUACGCAUGUAUCAUUUGACGAUGAGGGUAAUGAAGAAAAAGUGGAGACAGUAGUUCAGAUGACGAAAAAGGAUCGUCCUGCUAUGAAAAAACCUGAGCCUAUGAAAAACAAGCGUAAGAAGGAAGAAAAAGAAAAGGAGGAAGAAAAAGAAAAGAAAAUGCCAAAAAAGGCUAAAAAGCCAAAAACAAAAGCAACAAAUAAUGAAAUCGCUACUAAAAAAGAUACAAAACAAGAAGAGGCACUUGCCUAUGUUCGAUUGUUUGUUAAUGAUCGUAGCUCCUGGAAGUUCAAGAAAGUCUUGCAGAUUUGGUUACUUCAACAUUUAUACGAGAUACCUGAAAGUGAGUUUGAUAAUGUGUUGAAGUAUUUAAAAGAUCUUCAAGGUUCAGCACGUGAGAAAGCAAUAAAGGAAGCAGAAGGAAAGAUUCCAGUAAAAAAAGAAGCUACUAUUAGCCAUCAUUUGACAGGAUAUUCAACUGUAAAUAAUAAUGAUAAUAGCAUGGACGAUGACUUUGAUGCUGAAAAGUUAUUAGCACAAGCAAUGUCAGCUCCUUUACCAAAAGCAGAAGAAGAAGAAACAACAGAAACUAAACGUGCAAGAUUGAUUCUAGAGACUCUUUUAUAAAAAAUAAUAAAACAUGUUGUAUAUAUAAGAAUUAGAAUGUAAAGUCAAACAAACCCUUAUAAUAAAUGAAACUUUAUUAUAUCAAAGGGAGAUUAUUGAUAUUAGCAGAAACAAUGAAUUUUAUUAAAUUAAGGGGAGGGAGAAAGGAGGGGGGGGGGAAAAGAUAAUUUAGGAGAAAGGGGAGGGGGAAG